AUGGGCAAGAAGUCAUCGAAGGCCACCAAACAGGUGGAGUCCAAAGACCAGCCCACGGUCUCUGGCUCGUCCACCGCCUUUGACCCAACCUUGUCGUCGCUAUUCGCCUCGAGUUUGGGACCCGUCAAAGUCCCAGAAAAACCUGUGACCAAGCCCAUCAAAGAGUCCCGACAGUCCGUUACACCUCCAGAGUUGCCAACACCCGAGGAGACACCAUCGGAUUCAGAGUCGAGCUCCGAGCCAGACGAUCUUCAGGCGUCAAAAGCUCGAGUCAAGCGUGAUGAAGAGCGACCAAGGAAGCGACGACGGGUCGACAACGAGGAACUUGAGGACGUUUACUUCCGCAGGCUUGCCAAAGAAGAGGAACGUGACUUGCAGCAGCGCCAAGAACAGCAGGAUGAUGGAGAUGAAGUCAGCGACAGUCCGUCUAAUGAUCUCGAGGACCUUAGCGAGAAUGAGAGUGAGGCUGGGGUUGCUUCAGUCCUCCCUGUCCACGAGUCCUUGACAGGUGCUAAAGCCCAAGAACUGGCCGAUGAAACGAAGCGCACAAUCUUUCUCUCAAACGUGUCCACGACCGCAAUCAAAGACAAAGCUUCAAAGAAAGCGCUUCUGACGCUUCUUGAAUCUGCGAUACCAAAAGACACCUCUGACAAAAUAGAGUCCAUCCGCUUCCGUUCGACGCCUUACGCCAGCGGCACAGGCCCUAAGCGCGCGGCUUUUGCUACCAAAGCUCUUAUGGAUGAGACAGCUGCAUCUACUCAUGCUUACGUUGUACUAUCGACUGAGAUCGCCGCAAAGGCAAUCGCCGCAAAACUCAAUGGCUCGGUGGUACUCGAUCGCCACCUACAUAUUGACCAGCUUGGCGCACCUUCGCAGACCGUGCACCGCCGUUGUGUAUUUGUGGGGAACCUGCCUUUUGUUGAUGAGGAAACCCUCGAGGCCAAUGAUGAGGAAAAUCCCCGCAAGCGACCUAAAGCCAAGAUGCGAGCUGAUGCAGAAGAAGGACUCUGGAGGACUUUUGCCAAAGCUGGUAAGGUUGAGAACGUACGCAUGGUUCGCGACAAGGCUACCCGCAUCGGCAAGGGGUUUGCUUAUGUGCAAUUUGCCGACGAGAAUGCGGUCGAAGCGGCACUACUCAUGAAUGACAAGAAAUUCCCUCCACUCCUGCCUCGCAAGCUACGCGUCAUGCGGGCGAAGAAGCCAGCUACGAAGCCCACUUCCAAUGCGAAGCGGCCCCAGGCACGCAACAGACGCAAUGAAGUUCAGGGUCGCGGCAAGGCUGUGCAAAAGUCACGCGACCGUGACGCAACGAAAGGCAAAGGCCUAAGGGGAGGCAAUCAGGCCAAGGGGAUUGUCUUCGAAGGUUACCGAGCGUCGAAGCCGGUCGCGAAAGACAAGGUCAGCAAGUCGAAACCCAAGAAACGUCCAGUGAACAGGAGCGCAAAGAGAGGGGCGGAGUUCAAGGCCGGUGGCGGCAAGAAAAAGCGCGACAUGAAGAAGUAA